ACUGGUCUGUGUGGAAGUUCAAAUGGAGCAGUUGUCGGUCUGGUCAAUGUGGAAUGUCCGAGAACUUGUGGAACAUGUGGACAAGAGUGUAAAGACAGCAAUCCAAUCCUUUGCAGCAUUAUGGGAUCGCAAUGCCAAAACCAUGAAUCCCAGAAGUUCUGUCCAAAGACGUGUAAAGUCUGCGAACCACCGAAUCUUUGUUUCGACAUCGGAAGCUUUUGUUCGAACUUGAAAGGUAGCUGUCAUGAUCCGAAUCUGAUGCCUCUGAUGAUGGCUUCUUGCAAUAAAACUUGCAACUUUUGCGACGCUCAACCGUCCGAAAGUCCAUCACAGCCAACGUCGUCUCCAUUUGUUGGGCCUUGUUUGGACGCUGAUCCAAGGUGUCCUACUUGGGUGGCCAAUGGAUUCUGCAGCAAUCCAUUUUAUACACCUGAAGUUGGCAAAUGCAGGAGGUCAUGCAAUCUGUGCAAGUGA